GCGUGAUUGUACAACAUGUAAUCUUCUAAAUUUGUUGAAGAAAAUUUUACUUUUAAGCGUUGGGUUUUCCCUAUUGAUUCUUCAGUGCUCAAUCAACGAUCGUUGAACUGGUGAAACAAACUGGAACACUGAUCGAUUUGAAUAUUUCAAACUUCGGGGCGAUCUAAUCUGAAGAAACUUCUCUUGUGUAAUGGAUGAUUACAACUAUCUCUUCAAAAUCAUCCUGAUUGGAGAUGCGAACGUCGGAAAAACAUGCUUGGUGAAAAGAUUUGCUAAGGGUUUCUUUACGCCUUCUCAGGGCCCUACAAUCGGCGUGGAUUUCACGAUACGAACCGUGGAAGUCGAUGGUGAAAGAGUAAAGCUGCAAGUAUGGGACACUGCUGGCCAAGAACGCUUCCGUUCUGUCACACAGAGUUACUACCACAAUGCUGAUGGAGUCAUUAUAACAUAUGAUAUCACCAGUAGAAAAUCAUUCGACAACCUGCAACAACAUUGGCUUGAGGACGUCCGUAGAUUUACCAGCAAGAAAGUGCUUAUGUAUAUUGUGGGCAACAAGAGUGAUUUGUCGCAAGAAAGACAAGUGGAUUUCAGGAGUGCACAAAUGAUUGCGGAGGAAGAACACUGUGAUGCCAUGGAAACAUCCGCCAAAGAAGCAGACAAUGUAGAAAACUUGUUUGAGAGUUUAGCAACCCAGUUGAUGAGAAAUAUUAAAAAUGUGGAGGGUAACGAAACAAAAGACAAUUUAUCUCCAGAUGAAAAUGGCACUAAAGACAUUACUCUGGGAGGCCAUUCAAUUUGUGCGCGGGGACUGAUCUCUUGUUGUAGAGUAUAGAAAUACUGAUAACAUCAAAGAUUCAAAGAGCAUGGAUUUAAAACUCAACAAAAGUAUACCCCCCUCCCCCCCUCAAAAAAGAAAACUGUUAUGUCAUGUAGAAGAACUUCACUGGAAAUAAUAAAAUUUGCAUUUUUA